AAAGGGGAAGUUUAAAUGAUUUUAUUUGAUUAAACCCUAAAAAUCGAUCGUUCCUUUUUCCUUUCCUUUUGUCUUAAAAACAGUUCAAAACAGAGUAUUAUCUCUUCUUUUUCUGUCAAUUCGCCUUACAAUCGAGUCUUCUUACUCUUUGUCGUGAUCAAUCGUUGAAUGAGAAGAGAAGUUGAGCGACAAUGGCUAGAGAAAUCAUAGAUAUCGACCUAGAAGGGGAUUCAGAUGGUAGCAAGAAUGAGUGCAAUAAGAAAGUGGCACCUGGAGACGAUGUAAACAAGGGUCAAGAAACUAAUAAUGCUGGUAAAGGGGUUGAGACUGAGGGUCCUAUUAAUGGUAAGGCAGUUGAUGGUGAGGUUCGUGUGGAGGAAGGCCAAAAGGAGACUGUAGUUGAGGAUUAUUAUGAACUUGGACAAGAUUUUACUGCACAAGGUGUUUGGUUAAAGAAGGAAGAUGAAGCUGGUGUCGAGAAGGAACGUGCAUGUGCAUCAAAAAGUGAUAAUGUGGCUGAUGUCCAUAAUGAUGAUCUAAAUGGGGACAAAGAGGCAAAAGGUGAUAAAGGGCAUGAUGAUUUUGUUAUGGAUAUCCUUGAGUUAACAGAUAAUGAAAAUGAGGAGGCUAUAGAGGCCAGAAGGAAGGUCAAGUCUUUUUGUUAUAAUUUGCAAGAGGAUAAUGCAGGACCUAGUUCCUAUCAUGAUGGUGGUGUGAAUGCAGCAGGUCCUAGUACCCCUCCUAUAGCAGUCCAUGAUGAUGGUGAUGAAAUUCAAAUUUAUGAAGAAGUUGAAAAUGCUCUUCCAAAUAUAAGGUUGGGGAUGACUUUUGUGAGCAAGGCACAAUUUAAAGCUAUUGUUGAUAGAUGCAACAUGAUGCAAAUGAGGGAUAUUAAAUGGAAGAAGAAUGACAGCAAAUGGAUUAGGGCUGUUUGUAAACAUGCCCCAAGUUGUGAUUGGAAAAUAUUAUUAUCAAAGGAUGCAAUGAUAGAUUCUUGGAUGGCGAAGACAUAUAUUUAUGAGCAUACCUGUAGUGAGGAGUUGACAAGUAAGAGAUGCAACUCAACAAGUGCAUCAAAGUAUUUGGUUAAGAAGAUGGGUUUUGCUUCUCUUUACUUGAAAUCAAAUGACAUUUUUCAAACCAUCCGGAGAAACACUGGGCUGGAGUUAACUAGAAAACAAUGCAAAAAGGUAAGAGAGAAAAUUGCUCGUGUGUUUGUAGGAAAUUGUUUGAUGGAAUAUAGUAAACUAUGGAACUAUGCUACUGAGCUAAGGAGAAGAGAUCCAGUAGCCACAAUUCUCAUUCAGGCACCAAGGUCGACAACAGAUACAAGUCCUAUCUUCAUGAUAAUGUAUGUAUGUUUCAGCAUUAUGAAACUUGGAUUUGUUACUGGCUGUAGGCGUGUAAUGGGGGUUGAUGAAGCUUUUCUUAAGGAAGCAUAUAAAGGAGUUUUACUGAUGCCAGUUGGACGAGAUGCCAACGAUCAGAUAUGCCCAUUAACAUGGCCAAUUGUCGAAGUUGAGAAGACAAAGACUUGGAGAUGGCACAAGCCUAUUUUCUCAAUGCUUGAAGAUCUUAGGAUGAUGUGUGGUAGGAGGACUAUUGCUAGAAGGACAUUUGCAAAAGAGAAGUUUGUUGGUGAUUUGGUCCUAGAAUAUGGGAGAAGAUUAUUGCAAGUAGGGAAGGAAACAAGAGAUGCAAGGUGCUAUGGCUUGAUGGCACUGGUUAUGAGGUUGAAGAAGAAGACAAGGGAAGUUGGAAACAAUGAAGCUUCUGAAGCCACUAAGAACUUGAAUGAUAACAACCCAGUGAGCCAAGCUGAUGAUCCUACAAGUCAAGUAGCUAAUGAAGAAAGAAGACCUAUCUAGGAGCGAAGAACAAGAGAAAAAGAGGAAAAGAGAAAAGAAAAAGUCAAGUAAAAGGCAUACUAUGGUUAGGGCUAUUUAUUUUAAAUUCAUGUUUGCUUUUAUUACUGUUUAUUUUAGAAAACUAAAAAUCCUUAACACAG